CCAUAAUUGCCCAGCGAAGUAAAGGCAGAUUUCAGAAUAAUACUACUUCUUGGAGCUUAUAACAGGUGCGGUUUAUUAUUCCUUGGGCUCUUUCUGCCUAUCGUAUCGAUCGGCUCCAAGGAGCUUGCGAUGCCCUCGAGAGCCAGGCAUUGAUCCCCCCACAAUGUCGACGAACACCGCCCCUAUACACCAUGAGUCCUCAUUAUCAUUCACCCAGGGCCUUCUCAUCGGCCAACUCUCCAUCGUAAUACUCAUCGGCGCGUUCAUCAAAUUCUUCAUCUUCGGCGACCCGCCAUCUCCCGACCUCACGGCCGCUCUCCGUGCCACCGAGCGCCGCAGCCGCACACUUGCACAUAAACGAUCGCUCCUGUCCCUGCGCCCACCAUCUGCUCAUUCACACUCUCACACCCAGAACCUGAGCCGAAAGCGCUCCUCCGCGUUGCGAAACCCGCCUCCUCUUACGAUAGGCACCAUUCUCUCAAAAACAUACUACAAUGUCGACGCGCACCAACCCGAGUCGCUUGACUGGUUCAAUGUUUUGAUUGCUCAAACCAUCGCCCAGUUUCGCGCUGACGCACAGCACGAUGAUGCGAUUUUGACCUCGCUGACCCGCGCCCUGAACGGAGCUUCUCGGCCGGAUUUCCUCGACGAGAUCAAAGUCACAGAACUCAGCCUCGGCGAAGACUUCCCCAUCUUCAGCAAUUGCCGCGUCAUCCCCGUUGAUGACGAUGGCAUUGCAACCUCAGCGCCCCACGGCUGCGGCCGCGAGAGCAAACGUCUCCAAGCACGCAUGGACGUCGACCUCUCCGACUUCAUAACCCUCGCGCUCGAAACCAAGCUCCUCCUCAACUACCCCAAGCCCCUCACCGCCAUCCUCCCCGUCGCCCUCGCCGUGAGCGUUGUCCGCUUCUCCGGCACGCUCUCCAUGUCCUUCAUCCCCUCCUCGUCCUCUCCCGCGCACAACACCGCAACCACAAUGGCCUUCUCCUUCCUCGACGACUACCGCCUCGACUUCUCGAUCCGCAGUCUCGUCGGCUCGCGCUCGCGCCUCCAGGACGUCCCUAAGAUUGCCAGCCUCGUUGAGAAGCGCCUACACGACUGGUUCGACGAGCGCUGCGUCGAGCCGCGCUUUCAGGAGAUCGCGCUGCCGAGUCUGUGGCCUAGGAAGAAGAAUACGAGGGGUGGAGAGGAGACGCCAGAGGCGGCGCCGGGGCCGAGUAUGAGUCGCAAGGAGGCGAAGAUGGCGGCGAAGGAGGUGGAGAGGGGGAUUAUGGCUGAGGCGAGGAGGGAAGUGGAGAGGGAGGCGGAGGAGAAGGCUGAGAGGGAGAGGGCGAGGCAAUGGGAGAGGGAUGCGGUGGAGGAGGAUGAGUUGGAAGGUAUGGGUGGGGUGCGGAGGAGGAGGAGGAUGACGCGGGGUGAGGAGUAUGCGAUGCCUGGAAGCAUGCCCAUGGGUUGA